AUGAAAAAUUUAUUCAAAUAUUGUGAUUAAUGUUCAAAAAAACCAGGAACAGUUUUCUGUUCUAAUUGCUAAGCUAGAUUUUGUUAUGGUUGUGAUGGAGAAGUUCAUAAUUAGAAUUAAAAUCACAAGACAGAAAUAUGCUCAUUAAUAUGUAUUAUGUUUUAUAUUAAGAAAUGAGAUAAAAUAACUUAUAUUCGUAAUUUUAAGCAGGGGAUUCCUAGAUAUUAUUUUAAACACAAUAAAAUUAAUUAGGAAUAGAAUAGUAGGAAAGAUAAUAAUAAUAAUAAGAAGAAUUAAUAAGAUUAGACUAAGAGAUAAAAUAAAUUGAAUAAGUUUUGAGCUCUCAAGAGAACAAAUGGAGGAAAUAGAUUGAAAUUUUAGAAUAAGAUUAUGAAGAAAAGAUUGCUAAAUUUGAGGAUAAGGUCAAGAAAAGUGAGAGCACAAUUACAGAGAUUAAAUAAUAAUCUAAGUAAGAAGAUCAGAUUAGUGAAAUGAUGAAAUAAUUAAAAGAAUAAUUAGAAGGAUAAAAGAUGUAUAAUUAAUAUCUACAAUCUAUAGUUCAUUAAUAUAAAAAGUUGAUUAAUAGAAAGUGUAAUUGAAUGAUAAAGAAUAAUUAUUACAGAAUUUGAUAAAGUAAGAGAAAGAUUUUUCUGCAGAGAUUAAUAAAAAAGAAAUUUUGAUAGGGAAAUUUAAAGAGUUGAUAUAAUAGUAAUAGAAAGAGAAAGAGUUGAUAUUGCAUGAAAAUGAUAAAAUAAAGAAGUAACUGGCAGAAAUCAAGUAAUUAUUUAAAGAGAAACUGCCUUAAUUGGGAUUGGAUGAAAAUUUCUUCAAUUUUGAUGAGGAAGAAUAAGAUGGAGAAGAAGAAGAAUAAGAACCUUAAAUAUAAUAAAAUGUAGAGGACUCAACAGAAGAAGACGAAGGUGUGUAAUGAG